CGGCUGGCACACACGAUGCGCCCUGCGCCCCGCUCCCCGGCCCGGCCCGGCUCGGCCCGGCCCGGCCCGGCCCCGCGGGGCCAUCACGUGCGAUGCCGGCUCCACGUGGGGCGACACAGCUGGGCCCCCCCCCGGCCGCGGGGCGAGGGGGGAAGGAGGGAGAGGGGGCGAGGGAAGGAGCGUCCCCCCGGCCCUCUCUCUCGCCCCCUUCCACCCUGAUCUUUAAUGCAUACAUUCCCCGGCGCGGCUCUCCCUAAUCCUAUGGGAUCAGCGGGCCCGUGAAGGCCCCCCGUCCCCCCCAGGACACGGGGAUGGCUUUAUAAGGGGCCCGGCGCCGAGGGGCCCGCAGUGCCCACCAUGGCCUCCAAGCUCAAGGAGCGGCGGAGGACGCCGGUGUCCCACAAAGUGAUCGAGAAGCGGCGGAGGGACCGCAUCAACCGCUGCCUCACCGAGCUGGGCAGGACGGUGCCCAUGGCCCUGGCCAAGCAGAGCUCGGGGAAGCUGGAGAAGGCGGAGAUCCUGGAGAUGACGGUGCAGUACCUGCGGGCCCUGCACUCGGCCGACUUCCCCCGCGGCCGGGAGAAGGAGCUGCUGGCCGAGUUCGCCAACUACUUCCACUACGGCUACCACGAGUGCAUGAAGAACCUGGUGCACUACCUGACCACGGUGGAGAGGAUGGAGACCAAGGACACCAAGUACGCCCGCAUCCUCGCCUUCCUCCAGUCCCAGGCGCGCUUCGUGGCCGAGCCCCUGCUGGCCUCGCUGGGCUCCCCCCCGGAGCCGGAGCUCCCCUUCCAGCUGCACCCCGCUCCCGACCGCCCCACGGGGCUCGGCCCCGCCGACACCCCGCUGCCGGCCCCCCACGGCCCGGGGGGGCCCUUCCCGUGGCCCGGCGCCCCCCGCAGCCCCCCGCUGCCCUUCCACCCGCUCCCCGCCGCCGCCUCCCCCCUGGGCGGCCCCGGGCAGCAGCGCGGCGCCUUCCUCUCCCCCGUGCCGGGGCUGGAGCGCCGCUACCUCAACCUGCUCGGCCAUUCCCACCCCAACGCCUUCGGGCUGCCCCCCGGCCAGCCCCCCGCCGUGCUAUAG